GUAAACACAUGAAUGCCUUCAUUGAGGACAUCUUGACCAGAAUCCAGGACCUGCUGGAGCUCGCUCCUCCUGAAAACGGUUUCCUGGCGCUGCUGACCAGCGACGACCAGCUGUUCAUGUUUGAGACGGCGGGCAUCCUGAUCGUGAACGGCGAGAGCCCCGUAGAGAGGAAACAGGCGCUGAUGAGGAGCCUGCUGUUGCCGCUGAUGGACGCUUUCCGCCUGCUGCUCGCCAAACUGUCGCAGGAGACGGACGAGGAGAGGCAGACCGCCCUCGCCGACUGUCUGAGCCACGCUGUUGGCUUCGCCAGUCGCACCAGCAAGGCCUUCAGCAACAAGCAGACGGUGAAGCAGUGCGGCUGCACGGAGGUCUACAGAGACUGUCUGCAGACCUUCCUGCCGGCGCUGAGCUGUCCCGUCCAGCGGGGGACGCUGCGCAGCUCGGUCCGCUCCUUCCUGCACCGAAUGAUCAUCUGCAUGGAGGAGGAGGUGCUGCCCUUCAUCCCCGCCGCCUCGGAGCACAUGCUGAAGGACUGCGAGGCCAAAGACUUGCAGGAGUUCAUCCCGCUCAUCAGCCAGAUCACCGCCAAGUUCAAGCGGCAGGUGUCCCCCUUCCUGCAGCAGGUCUUCAUGCCGCUGGUGCUCGCCAUCUUCGAGGUGCUGGCCCGGCCGGCGGAGGAGAACGACCAGGCGGCGGCUCUGGAGAAACAGAUGCUGAGGAGGAGCUACUUCGCCUUCAUCCAGACGAUGGCAGGAAGUGGGAUGAACGAGGUGAUGGCCAAUCAGGGAGCAGAAAACAUCGAGCGAGUUGUGUUCACCAUCAUCCAGGGAGCCGUGGACUUCCCCGACCCCAUCGCUCAGAAAACCUGCUUCAUCAUCCUCGCCAAACUGGUGGAGCUGUGGGGUGCGAAAAAUUUAGAAAAGCAUCAAACAAACUGCUUUAGAUUAGAUUAA